CAAAUACGGCUGGGAACCAGUCUAGGUGAAGGUCGAUUGAAACAUUAAUUUCAUGAUUUUUUCGAUUUAAUGCUUGUUUUGGAAUUAUUAGACAGAAUUAAUGAAUAAAGAAACAUCGUUGUAUCUAUUUGAUAAAAAAUAUGGAACUGAGAAAGCUAUGUCAGAAAGUAUUGUUUAUAAUACGAAAGAAAUUAUUCAAAAAUUUUAGACUCUUGAUCGGACUAUUAGCAGUGUUUUCUAUCUUAAUUGGAUACUGGCCACCAUCACCAGGUGAUGGAUGCCCAAGUGAAAAAACUUAUCUCAAAGAUGAUUUUAGAGGAUGGAUGGAAAAUCAUAGUAUGAAUGCAGAUAACAAAGUUUUACUUCUAGCGGAAUCAUCGCUUUCUCACGAAGCCAUUAGUAUUCUCAAUACUUUAGAAUCAUGGAAAAUUCGCGUAAAGAUGCUUGCUGCUGAUAAAAAUAUACCAACACUGGCACACAGGGGAAGAGCCAAAUAUUCAGCUAUUAUUUUCCAAAAGAUAAAAAGAUAUUAUCUAAUGGAUAGCUGGAAUAGGAAACUAUUAGAAACCUACUGCCAAGAUUUUAGCGUAGGUAUAAUUUUCUUUACCCCAGGCAACGAAAGUUUUAAAAACAAUAUUUAUGGUUUGCAAACUCAAAUUGUGACUCCUGUUUAUGACUAUACGUUAGUUAAAAAUCCCCUUCUCAGAAUCUCAAAACACGGAGCAAAAAUUAAAAAAGUGCCUGGAAACUCUUGGACUGCUUUUACAAAUACAUCAUUUCAAACUGUUGCAACGGCUACAACAGGAAAAGGAGAAAAUAUAAAAACUUGGACAGUAGCCGCUUUUGAAGACAGAAUUAUAAAAAAGUUUUAUAUCGGAAAUUCUUUUUCUUCAUUUUGGGUGCAUAGACUCUUACUAAUGGAUGCUUUAUGCUACUUAUCAGCUGACAGAUCACUAUGCACAACUCUAAAAAGAUAUGUUCUUAUCGAUGUUGAUGAUAUAUUUGUAGGAAAACAAGGUUCUCGGCUCACCGAAGAAGACGUUGAAGCUAUGAUAAAAGUUCAAACUGUCUGGAAUAGAGAUUAUUUGAAUAAUUUUAAAUUCAAUUUGGGUUUUUCUGCCUAUUGGUAUAUGGAACAAGGAGAUAGUGAAGAGAUUAAAGGAGAUCAAUUAUUAAUAAAAGUUAAAGAUCAGUUUCAAUGGUUUCCUCAUAUGUACAAACAUACUCAACCUCAUAAGUUAAAUUUAAGUGAACUAGAAAAUUAUAUGCUACUUAAUAAAGCUUGGGCCAGAAAACACAAUAUUAAAUUUGAUACGUUCUAUUCUGUUCCACCACAUCAUUCUGGUGUUUAUCCUGUUCAUAAAGAACUAUAUGAAAGCUGGAAAAAAAUAUGGAAUAUACAAGUAACCUCAACCGAAGAGUAUCCUCAUCUAAGACCUUCUAAAUUUCGUAGAGGUUUUAUUCAUUCUGGAAUAAGAGUUUUGCCUCGUCAAACUUGCGGACUCUAUACUCAUACUGUUAAACUAUUUGAAUACCCUGGGGGCUUCCGCCGAUUGUUGUCAUCCAUAGCAGGGGGUGAACUUUUCAGAACAUUUGUGGAUAAUCCUGUUAGUAUAUUUAUGACUCAUAUGUCAAACUAUGGUAGAGAUCGCUUGGCAUUAUAUACUUUUACGGCAGUGUUCGACUGGCUUAAAUGCUGGACAAAUUUGAAAUUUAUACAGACCAGUCCCAUUAAUAUGGCUAAUUAUUAUUUCAACUUAUUCCCUGAAGAAAUAGAUCCCAUUUGGUUUGACCCCUGCAAAGAUCAGCGCCAUUUCAAAAUAUGGUCAUCUAAAAAAUCUUGCGGCCAAUUGCCUGAUGUAAUUAUAUUAGGGCCUCAGAAAACUGGUACAACAGCUCUAUUAACCUUUCUAGAUCUUCAUAAAUCAAUAAAGGUUUCUAAAAAAUCUCCAAACCAUUUUGAAGAAACUCAAUUCUUAUCAGGAAAAGAUUAUUUCAACGGUUUGGAUUUCUAUAGGAGCUAUUGGCCGCCUCAAAAUAAUUCAGAUACCCUUCAAAUCGAUAAGAGCUCAACCUACUUUCAUAGUGAACUGGCUCCAAGGAGAGCUUAUGCAUUAGUUCCAUCUGCAAAAUUAAUAGUUUUAGCUCUAGAACCGGGAGAGAGGGCUUAUAGCUGGUAUCAACAUCAAAGAGCCCACAAAGAUCGAACUGCCGAAACAUAUACUUUCGACGAAGUUCUUGAGGCGGACGAAACGUCUAUGAAAUCUUUGCGAGAUUUAAAGAAACAUUGUUUAAACCCAGGUCAUUAUUCGCAACACAUAGAAAAAUGGCUUCUUUUUUAUCCUUCCAGUCAAUUACUUUUAGCAGAUGGCAAUGAAUUAAAAAGAAAUCCAGUUAAGACUCUACAAAUAGUGCAGGAAUUUCUCGAUCUUGAAACUUUAGAUUUCGCAGAAUUGUUGGUUUACGAUCCAGUUAAACAAUUUUAUUGUGUAAGGGAGAAUAAUAAAAAGAAAUGCCUAGGCAAAAGCAAAGGAAGAAAAUACGAAGAAAUGAGCCAAAGAGCAAGACAGUUCUUGAAUUCCUAUUAUAAAAAGCACAACGCAAAUUUAGUGAGGCUUUUGAAAAAAAUUUCAAAGGAGCUACCGUCUUGGCUAGAGGCGCUUUCUCAACAGAAUGAAGAUGAAGAGAAAAUUGUAUAA